CAAAUGGUCCAAAAGUUCUUAUCCUACUGCAAUAUGCACCCAAACUUCAAGUAGGGGUAAAAGUGAUGCAAAUGAGAAAGUUUAGGGUUCAAAACACAGAUUUCGGUUUCCUCUUCCGUCGUCCUCCCCCGCUGGCGAGUGCGGCCGUUGGAGAGCGCAGAACAGUGCAGCGGCGACGCCUAAAUUUCUCUCCCUUUCUUCUUCUUCAUCUUCUUCCAAUGGCCAAGACGCUCCUUCAGCAGCACCUCAAAGGCUUCGCCGUCACUCCCAUUCACAGUCCACUACCUCGGGAACAAAUGCGGCGUGCCGUUAGAUCGGUCAUGUCCGCCGCAGAGAAGGUCCAAAUCCGAGAAAACGCCACCAAGAACCCCGACGCAGUCCUCAGCUUCCUCAAAUCUUACGGCUUCGAUGACACCCACCUGGCUUCUUUAAUCUCCCGCCACCCCGAGUUCCUCCUCUGCCGGUCACAGACCACCCUGAAGCCCAAGAUCGACCUUUUAAUUGGGAAUGGUUUCCGCGGUCCGCUCUUCCACGAGCUCAUCCUGAGGAACCCCAACGUCCUGAAGCGGACGGUGAAGACCUACCUCGAGCCUAUCUUCCAUUUUUUCCGGACGUACAUCCUGACCUUUGAGGAGCUCCACACCACGAUUUUAGACGCGGUUGGCUUCUAACUUCGCAGCACCAGUCGACCCUGAAGCAGAAUAUCGAGUUCCUCUUGCACGAGGGGAUGACCCCUGAUGGUGUCUCGAAGUUCGUAGUGAAUCAGCCCAGGGCAGCUGUUCAGACCCCCUAGAGGGUGGU